GCUAACCUUUUCAAACAGUGCUGAUUCGAUACGCAGUACAUAUAUCAAACAUCCCCACUAAUGGUAUUUUCAAACAGCAACAAAGCUUUCAGAGAACAUGGUGUCUUUUUUGACAAGAUAUACACUCUUCUGUGAAAUAUGGUUUCUUAGUGUUUUGACUGUAAAUGUAGUAGCUAAAGAAUGUCUGACAACUAUUGAGGGUUUAGAUUAUACUGGAACCGUAAAUUCAACACGCAGUGGAUUUUCCUGCAGGGAAUGGGCAAGAGUAGCUCUCAAUAUGACUGAAAACACAAAACAGCUGCUAGGAGAUUCACAUAACUAUUGUCGAAAUCCUGACAAUGACCGAUAUGGACCUUGGUGCUAUACAUAUGAUCAUGAACCUGAUACAGAACAAUGGGGAUAUUGCGGUAUUCCUUUUUGUGAUGAAGGGGCCAAUUUCCCAGGAUAUCAAAAUUGGAAACAUGGCUGGCAAAAAUAUGAAGAUUCUUGCUAUAUAAUCCAGUAUACAUUACAAACUUGGGAUGAGGCUAAGAACCUCUGCCAAGAUAACCAAAAUGCGUAUUUAGCUGAAAUUAAAACUGCCAGAGAAAACAGCUUCCUGAUGAAUAUCCUUCCCAAGCCAAACAUAGAUACAACUGGUUUGGCUGGAGAGGUUUGGCUUGGUGCAAAUGCUUUAAAUGCCAAAAGACAAUUCAUCUGGAACACUAGUUCCACCUACUUGGAUUUUACUGACUGGGGACCUGGCGAGCCUAAUGGGCGUUAUUAUGAACACUGUCUAUCAACUCACAUGUACAAUGAUGGCAAACUUCAUUGGAACGAUAGGGCAUGCUCAACGAAGCACUUCUUUGUGUGUGAAAAAAGUGUUGGACCUUCAGGAUGUGGAGAGUAGGAUCCAACAUGGCUGAUAAGUCUUUACCAAAAAUAAAGAUAUUAACAUUGCUUUAAA